AGCCCGGUCACGCCGCCGUAGUGUGUGUCGCAGCUGCUUUUUUUGGCAGUUUGCGGAGCUCCUACGAUGGCGGCAGUGGCUCCCGUUGCGGAGGCAACGAGUGUGACCGCAGUUCUUGUGUCAGGUGGCGACGGCAAUGAUGAGUUGCCCGAAGCCGAAGAGGAAUCGGGGCGAAAGGAUGCAGCCGCAAAAGGAGCGGAGGCCGUGAGGGACAGCGAGGAGGACGAGGAGAACGUAUUCGAGGUGGAGAAGAUCCUGGACGUGAAGACUGAGGGGGGUAAAAUCCUUUACAAAGUUCGAUGGAAAGGAUAUACAUCAGAUGAUGACACCUGGGAGCCUGAGGUUCAUCUGGAGGACUGUAAAGAAGUUCUUCUGGAAUUUAGAAAGAAAGUGGCAGAGAACAAAGCUAAAGCAAUCAAGAAGGAUAUUCAGAGACUAUCCUUAAAUAAUGACAUAUUUGAGGCAAACUCUGAUAGUGAUCAGCAAAGUGAGACAAAAGAAGAUACUUCUCCAAAGAAGAAAAAGAAAAAAUUGAGGCAUAGAGAAGAGAAAAGCCCAGAUGAUCUGAAAAAGAAAAAAGCAAAGACUGGGAAGCCAAAAGAUAAGUCCAAACCAGACCUGGAAGGCACCUCCGAAAGCUUAGUUUUUGAUCUAAGGACAAAGAAAAGAAUUUUGGAAGCCAAAGAAGAAUUAAAGGAAUCCAAAAAGCCCAAGAAAGAUGAAAUAAAAGAAAGUAAGGAAUUAAAGAAAGUUAAAAAGGGUGAAAUAAGAGAUUUAAAGAUUAAAAGAGAAGAUCCCAAAGAAAACAGAAAAACAAAAAAAGAGAAAUGCGUUGACUCUCAGUUGGAAUCUGAAUCAAGUGUGCUUAAUGAUUCCCCUUUUCAAGAAGAUGACAGUGAAGACUUACACUCUGAUAUCCGAGAAGAGCAACAGAAAGUUCAAAGCGCAGAAGAGCGAGCCGGGCAGGAGGCCCGCGAGGACCGCGCAGCUGAGGAGCCGCCGGCGGGCGCGGGUGCGGAGGAGCCUGCGCACCUCAGAGCCAAGAGGAAGAAGAAGGCGCCGAGGAAGCCCGAGGACCCCAAGGAGGGCAGGAAGCUGGGAAACAAGAACUCUUUCUUAGAGAGGAAAACUGUGCCUAAAAAGCAAAGGGGUCAAGACAGAGGCGGAAACACCCCCGAGGUAGAUAAGCCGACACCUGUGUCUGCCCAGACGCCGCAGAAGGGCUGGCGACCGGGCGGGGAAGAGAGGGGCCUCGGGCUCAGGUCCGGUGGCUGCACGGAGGAGGAGAAAGAGACCAAAAAAAAUGAACCCAAAGAAAAAUAUCAGAAAAGGCAUGAUUCAGAGAAGGAAGAAAAAGGCCGAAAAGAGCCAAAGGGAUUAAAGACAUUUAAGGAAAUCGGAAAUGCGUUUGAUUUAUUUAAAUUAACUCCAGAAGAAAAAAAUGAUGUUCCUGAGAAUAAUCGGAAAAGAGAAGAAAUACCACUGGAUUGUAAAACCACAGAAGAUCACAAAACCAAGGAAAAUAAGCAGUCACUUAAAGAAAGGAGAAAUAUAAGAGAUGAAACUGAUACUUGGGCAUACAUUGCUGCAGAAGGUGAUCAGGAGGUUUUAGACAGUAUGUGCCAGAUGGAUGAGAAUUUGGAUGGUAGACAACAGAUUUUGAGUCUGGGCAUGGAUUUGCAGUUGGAAUGGAUGAAAUUAGAAGAUUUUCAAAAGCACCUUGAUGGAGAAGAUGAAAAUUUUGUUACAGCAGAUGCAGUUCCCAGUAAUGUGUUAAGGGAUGCUGUGAAAAAUGGGGAUUAUAUUACAGUAAAGGUUGCACUUAAUUCGAAUGAAGAAUAUAACCUAGAUCAAGAGGAUUCCAGUGGGAUGACACUAGUGAUGCUUGCUGCAGCAGGUGGGCAGGAUGACCUCCUGCGGCUCCUCAUCACAAAAGGAGCAAAAGUGAACGGUCGGCAGAAGAACGGGACCACUGCCCUCAUUCAUGCCGCUGAGAAGAACUUUCUAACAACAGUGGCUAUUCUUUUGGAAGCAGGAGCUUUUGUGAAUGUCCAGCAGAGCAAUGGUGAAACUGCAUUGAUGAAGGCCUGUAAAAGAGGAAAUUCAGACAUUGUACGACUUGUAAUUGAAUGUGGAGCUGACUGCAAUAUUUUGUCGAAGCACCAAAAUAACGCACUGCAUUUUGCAAAGCAGUGCAACAAUGUGCUUGUGUAUGACUUGCUGAAAAGCCACUUAGAGACACUUUCAAGAGUAGCAGAAGAGACAAUAAAGGAUUAUUUUGAAGCUCGUCUCGCUCUCCUUGAGCCAGUUUUUCCAAUAGCAUGUCACCGACUCUGUGAGGGGCCAGAUUUUUCAACAGAAUUCAAUUAUAAACCCCCACAGAAUGUACCAGAAGGCUCUGGCAUCCUGCUGUUCAUUUUCCACACAAACUUUCUGGGUAAAGAAGUUAUUGCUCGGCUUUGUGGACCAUGUAGUGUACAAGCCGUAGUUUUAAAUGAUAAAUUUCAACUUCCUGUUUUUCUGGACAGUCAUUUCGUUUACUCGUUCAGCCCUGCUGCAGGUCCGAAUAAACUCUUUAUAAGGUUGUCUGAAGCACCCUCCGCUAAGGUGAAGCUGCUCAUCGGUGCAUACAGAGUGCAGCUGCAGUGACCAAAUGAUGGGUGGAAUCAUUUUCAGACCGAUUCCUAAAUGCUCUCUUCCAAGCAGUUUGGAAUUCUUCUGGCACACCUAAAACUUUCAAAUGUAAAGUUUCAUCUGUAAACCUCUUGCAGUUUAAUCCUGCCAUCUGUUAUAGUCUGUAAAAUGGGAUAUGGUGGCUCCAAGAUAUUAUAAAAUAUAAGUAUUUGUGCCAGUAUCUCAACUUGGGUCCAUACUGCAUAUUUCAAUUUUUCCACAAUGUGGAAUGGUACAUAUGAGGAUUAUUUAAGAACACUAAAGGAAAGACUCCUUAACUUGAGAUUUCUACUAACCUUGGUGAAUUUGUGUCUUUAAAGUCAAGAGUAAAGCAUGUGCUUACAGGAAGGGAGCCACGUUCUAUUCAGGUUACCCAGGCACUGAAUAAAGUGUGGAUUUGCUGCCCUAGAAGGAUGAGUAA